GGUUCAUUUGGAAGUUAUUGAAAUUUUCAAUUAUUUUAAUAAUAAUAAUAAUAAGUCUGUCAUCCUGCAACUAAUGCCUAAUUUAAAAGGAUCGAUAGAGAAUUUACGUCGUCAGUUACGUGCCUUACGAUUUAAUUAUGAAGUCAAUUUUCAAGGGAUGAUAUUGGGACAAUCGUCUGCAUUUGUAGAAUUUUAUCGACAUUUAUUAUGUGAUUACAAUACUCAACUGACUAGUCAUUUAGUUGAACGUGGAUUUGGAAUGCUUGGCACAAAUGACAAUAAAUUUAUGGAGGUAUUUUAUCGUAUACUUCGUGAUGUAAUCACCUAUCGUCCACCGGUUACUUUAACACAAUUUUUUAUGAAUAAUUUUGCUGAACGUAAAAUAGAAAUGGCUACAACUGUUGCUCUACUUAUAGGCUCAUUAAUUAAACGUUCAUUCACCACCAGUAGUAUUAGUAGUCGAGGCAAAACAUCUUCAUUACAAACUAAUCAACGUCAUCAUCGGAUUCCAUCAUCUAGAUCUAAUUAUCAGUCUACUGUUACUACUUCUACUACUACCAAUGCUAUUCCUACUUCUCAAAUACCCUUGAUACUUCCUACAACUGCAUACCAUCGAUCAGUUGUUGAGAAAAAUGUUGACAUUACACCUAUUGUAUCUACUACAAAUCAUGUUAUACAUUCCAAUGAUAAAGAUUAUACAACCUAUGGUGAUAUACCGAAUAAUGAAAAUGAACAAGCUAAAGAAAAUGGUGAAAGAUCUGCUCUGUGUGAAUUUCCACAAGAAUCUAAUAAUCGCUGCGGUUUGAUGAAUCGGUCAAAUGGGAAAAUAACAAGUUUAUCAAAGACAAGUUGUUCAUACGGUGAUACUAAUACCCGUGGUGAAUGUGAUCAUCAACUGCCUACCUCUACAUUGAAAAUGUACACUGCCAAUUGCUACCACUACUACUACUACGUCACAACUGUUCCUAGCAAUGGUGCUAGAAGUAGAAGUAUCAGUAAUAACAGAAUCAGUUACACAUCAGCAUUUCCGCCUGCAAAAUCAUCCUUUAAUACUGAUGAUUUAUUGCAUAAUUCAAAACAAUUUAAAAAAGAUUAUACUCAUGGAUUAUCUACAACAACAGUGACAUCAACUGGUGGUCCAGCGAUAACGCCAACGUCUACAUUACUUCCAAGGCAUCCUAAUAUUCAAUCAAUAAAUCAUCAUCAUUGCUAUCCGUCUAAUGAAUCUUCUGCCUACAUUAAUCCUGAAAGUAUUCAUAAUAUAAUUAAUUCAUUGGAUCAACUGUCUGAUAAAGUUGAUUGCAUGCUAGAACGUAUGAAUAAAUUAGAGGAUAAAUUAGCGAAUGUUGAUAUAGAUUGUAACAUGUAUAAUCGAUCAAAAACUUAUGAUGGUGGCGGAGGCGGAGGAGGGGGUGGACGUACAUAUGAUAUGAAUCGACGUAACUUGAAUGUAGGUGAUUUGCAUAGUUCAGAUAGUAUUGUUGAGUGUAACAGUAGUGUAUUUCCAAAUAGAAAAGGUGAACAGAAGAAUCCUCUGCCUAUAAUAAAUCUACCUAAUUCAUUGUCUGCCACACCAGUUACCUCUAUAUUGGAGAAUACAUUGAAUGAAGCCCAAUGGACAAGUACAAUCGGAACAGCAACUACAGUUUCAUUGAUGACAACAGCGACCAAGACAACAACAACAAGUAAUACAUGCUACAUGCGUCCUAUAUGCCCAGAACGUUAUCUCUUCAAUGAUACUAACAAUGAACUGUCUGAAUCAUCUUAUCUAAGGCCUAAAUAUUCUUUUGAAUUAACACAAGCGAAUAUACAAGACAUCGGUAGUAAUAAUCCUUCAGUUUUAUGUAAAAAUAUUGCAGAAAAAGAACAACAGCGUAUUUCACAGGCUUCACCUAUUCAUCAAAAUCCUUCUUGUAUUAGCAGCAGCAGUAGUAAUAAUAAUCAACCGAUUAGAAUUGCUCCGACUACCUUUAAUCCACUUUAUGAAUCGUAUAAUUUCAAUGAGAAUUGUUGUGAAUUGCACAAUCGACCAGAAACUUCUGAAUCAAUGCAUGUGAUGAAAUAUAACGAUUCUUUGAGAACUGUGAACCAAUCGUCUAAUUCACCAGUAGUUAUGAGUACUUCGCUGAUGAAUUUAGAUACAAAAUCAGAUGUUACUGUGUGUUGUCCUACAUCAACUGGUCGAAAUGCAAUUAAUCCCCUCCAUGGCGGUAAUUACGCUCAUCGUUCUAGUCCUACUGAUUGUUCUGUUACCUGUGAAACAGCUGAUGCAAUGGAUUGUAAUCACCUGAAAGUAACACCUUCAAUAUCAUUCAAUGUACUGAAUAGUAAACUUGAUAGAACAAAAAUAGCAAAUACUGAAAAAGUACAAAAGUCAUACCUUGCUCAAGUGGAACGUAUCACUAAUAUGCUUGCAGAAACUCAAACUCUUCUCCAAGAACGUCCAUCUAAAAUAAACGAAUUAAUUAAUGGAAAUAACAACCGCAGUAAUAAUAACAAUGAUAAUAAUAAUGUUUCUAAAAACAAUACUAGUGCUGUUGUCCUCAAAGCAUAAAUCUUAUCUCCAACAUCAAUGAUAUUGUGUGUCAAAAACUGUGUUUCUUCUAAAAAAAUUAUUAUUUACUUUUCCUUAACCUAGAUUUGAGUAUUUUUCAUUAUGUCAUCUCUCUCUCUCUUGUGGUCUUUCGUUUCUAUCCAAUCCAAAUCUAGUGGACAUUCCAGUUUCGGUAAAGAUAUUAUGUUUACUUGUUAUUAUGGAAAUACACAAAUGAGCUUUUCUUUAUUAUUACUUUGGAAUCUUCCCCCACUUACAUAUUAAAAGAGAGACGGGAAGAAACUGUAAAUGUUGUAACGCAACGCACAAAAAACACACAUUCCCAUUCGACUAGUGUUUGUAAUGUCAAGGUUCGUCUAUACUACUUACAACUACGACUAUUAUUUGUCAUCUUAUUUUGGAUUUUGUUAAACCAACAAUUUUAGUUUCUUGUGCCUUUCCACUCAACCGAACUACAUAUCUUCUUCGUGGGUGUAAUACUACUUUCACAAAAUGUAUUCCUCUUAUUAGUAUUAUUAUUAUUAUCAUUAGACAAUCAAGUAGACUGAACAGAAACCAAAGUGGAAACGUCUUUUCCCUUCUAUCCUCUUUCUUUUUGUUUAUCCUAGGCCUUUCUUCAGUGUAUUACAUUGUAAUUCUUUAUUUAUUUCUUUUUCUGAUGUGACAACACACCAGUGACAAUGUAUGAGAAACCCGGUUUCAGUUGUUUAAUUUCUUCUUCUUUAGUAGGAAAAAAGACUUUUUGUUUUUUGUUUUUUCUCUCGCCUGCUUCUGUGUUUGUUUAUUUAUUUCUCUGAUCUGAUCUGAUCUGAUCACAUCGAUGGUGUCAGUCGUCUAAUCGACGACAUGAUGCUGGCUAUGAUGAUGAGGAUGUGAUUGAUAACACAGUGAUGAUGAUGAUAUUUAUAUUGACA